AUGCAAAGUGUGGGCCUUCUCUGGGUCACUGAACGCUUUGAACAAACGGAACCGGCACCUGAGGGGACUGCAGAGGAAAAGCCCAAGGGAGGAGUCAAGACUGAGAACAACGAUCAUAUUAAUUUGAAGGUGGCGGGGCAGGACGGUUCUGUGGUGCAGUUUAAGAUUAAGAGGCAUACACCACUUAGUAAACAGAAAGCUUAUCGUGAAUGACAGGGUUUGUCAAUGAGGCAGAUCAGAUUCCAAUUUGAUGGACAGCCAAUCAAUGAAACAGACACACCUGCACAGUUGGAAAUGGAGGAUGAAGAUACAAUUGAUGUGUUCCAGCAGCAGACAGGGGGUGUCUACUAAAAAGGAAACCUGCUAGUUUACUCCAGAAUUCUGUUCCUCCAGCCCAAGAAGACAUUUUCAAUUAGAAAACCGCAAUUUGGUUCCACCACACCCUGACUACUACAGUAUAGUUUCUCUAUUCUUUCGUAUUCCCGUUCCCCAUUCCUUUAUUGUACAUAAAGUAACUGGUGUAUGUGCA